AUGACAUCUUCCGCACUGACUUCGAAUGUCCCCUUCGCCGACCCAUCCUGGCACAAGGACACCGCGCACCCAUACUACAAAGACUCUCACCGAAAACUCCAACGCUUCAUUCGAGAGUACGUUGACAGCGAGAUCACACCCAAUGCAGGAGAAUGGGAAGCACAGGGAUAUAUCCCCGAGGAGGCUUUCCAACGCCAUGCUCAGCUUGGCUUUCUGGCUGCGGCGGUCUUUCCUCUUCCAAAGGAUUGUCUUGCGGGAUUGACACUGCCGGCGGGAAUUUCGGCGGACGAAUGGGAUGAGUUCCACGAUGCUAUUCUCAUCGAUGAGAUCGCACGGUGCGGAUAUCUGGGCGUUGUCUGGGGAAUCAAUGGCGGUGCUACGACUGGAGGUGCGCCUAUCGCUUCUUAUGGUACGCCCGAUCAGAAGAAGCGGUACUUGGCACCGCUUCUGCGAGGACAGCAGAAGCACUGUCUUAUGGUAACGGAGCCGGAUGCUGGCUCUGAUGUGGCUGGUCUCACUACAACGGCUGAAAAAAGCAAAGAUGGGAAGCAUUGGAUCAUCAAUGGAGAGAAGAAAUGGAUCACGCAGGGCCAGCUGGCUACACAUGCUCUUUGUGCGGCGAGGACUGGUCCCCCCGGCGCGAAGGGCUUGACGGUUUUUCUUCUUGAUAUGAAGAUGCCGGGUAUUCAGGGGAAGAAGAUGUAUAACUCGGGUGUUAGUAGUAGUGGCUCGACGUUUAUUGAUCUGCAGGAUGUCAUGGUUCCUACUGAGAACAUUCUUGGGAAGGAGAACCAAGGGUUUGAGAUAAUCAUGUCAACUUUCACUCACGAGCGCUUGUGGGUUGGAAUUACCGCCCUACGUCUAGGCCGUGUUGCUUUGGAGGACAGCUAUCGACAUGCCUUGAGACGAGAGACCUUUGGGAAGAAAUUGUUCGAGAACCAGGCCGUUCGGCUUAAGUUCAGCAAGAUGGCUGGGCUUAUCGAGCCUGUUCACUGCUUGAUGGAAGACAUUGUUCAUCGGUCGACGCGUACCGCGCCUCUUGCUUUCUCGCCGUGGACUGCGCUGCUCAAAUUCCAGGCUGCGCAGAACCUCGAGAGUAUCUCCCGGGAAGCACAGCAGGUCUUUGGUGGAUUGGGGUACUCCAGGGGCGGACUUGGUGGCAGAGUGGAACAGAUCAGCCGAGAUGUUCGCGUGUUAGUUGUCUCUGGAGGGAGUGAAGAGAUCCUGAUGGAUAUGAUUGCGAAGCAGCAAAAGAAGCUGGCGAAGCUGUAG